AUGGAGGAACUGCAAAAAGUUGGACUCUUUAUAGAUGAUAUCUACAGACUGCGUGUGGAGGAUCCCAGCAUUGCAAAUGAAAAAAGUGAAUUGCGACAGGAAUGCUUGGAAUACUCAAAGAAUUUGCAAUUGUUCAAGAAAUUGGCCGCUGACUUUUAUAAAAUUUCGGAGACAUUCGCAAAAGAUGUUGAUAAGGAGAAGCUUCGGGCUAUUGGCACUCAGAAUCAGUUGAAAACCAUAUCGAAACAGCGACAGGGUGAGCAGCAGGUCUAUCAGAGUCAGAUCUAUGAGCAGACCGUGGAGUUGGAGCGCCUGAAGAGCGAACAUCAGUAUUUGCAGCGCAUCGAGACGGAGCAAUUGGAAAUAAUUAACAAUUUCUUGGUUAAUCAAUAA